AUGCCCGGUCGCAUCCUGGGAUUCGACUUUCCUUCACCUCUGCUCAGACCCGUCCCCGAAAAGAAGCGCAGCGCAUCCUCAGUACGAUCAGACGGCUCCCGCCACGACAGCAUGGAGCAUCUCAGACGACCCCACUUUGGCAAGAGCCACUCUUAUGACAGCAAGAAGGACAAGAGCCGCGAGUCGAGUAUGAGUCGUCAAGCCGCAAGACACAUCAAGCUCGACAUGGUUGUAGAAUCUCCUCCAGUCCUGUUUCUGGAUGGCACCCAGCAUUCCUCGGGAUCUCUCUUCUCUGGUCGCAUGCAACUCGCCGUUACUGGUACAACUUCUGCUGCCAUCAAGUCAUUUACCCUCGCUUUCAGGGCUACCACCUGGACCAAGCGCCCCGUGGGAGACCACUGCAAGGACUGCUCUUCCAAGUCAAACGAUAUCAAAGAAUGGAAAUUCCUGGGCGAGAAUGCCGAGGUGGCACUUGGCAACCACGAUUUCCCUUUCAGCUACCUCAUUCCCGGCCACCUCCCCACCACGACCAACGGACACAUUGCAAGCAUCGACUACAAGCUGGUCGCUCGUGCUGAAACCGUCAACGGCGAAGUCGCAGAGUACGUCCGCCCAGUUGUCAUCAACCGCGCCAUUCGCCCUGGAAACGACAAGAACUCGGUCAGAAUCUUCCCUCCUACCAACCUGACACUCAACGUCACUCUGCCUUCAGUCAUCCACCCGAUUGGCGAUUUCCCCGUCUACGCCCGCAUGUCCGGCAUUACCACCAAGAAAGAAGACACACAAAUCAGAUGGCGCCUCAGGAAGUUGACAUGGCGCAUUGAGGAACAAGAAAAAUUUGUCUCACCAGCAUGCCCCAAGCAUAUGGCCAAAGUUGGUGGUGAGGGAAGAGGCAUCCAGCACGAGCACACCAGGGACAUCGGCAGCGACGACCUCAAGUCGGGCUGGAAGACGGAUUUCGCCGACGGCCAGCUUGAGGGCGAGUUCACUGCUUCCAUCGACAGCGGCUUGAAGCCUCAAUGCGACGUCGACAGCCCUUCUGGCCUCAAGAUCAACCACGUCAUGGUCUUGGAGCUGGUUAUUGCCGAAGAGUGGGCCCCCAACAAGAAGCCCAACCAAGCAACCCCCACUGGCGCUGCUAGAGUCCUGCGCACACAGUUCAACAUCAACGUUACUGAGCGUAGCGGUAUGGGCAUCGCUUGGGAGGAUGAGCAGCCCCCGCUCUACGAGGACAUUCCCGAUAGCCCUCCAAGCUAUCGCAUCGAAAUCGACAACUACGACGGAUCCGAACUUAACGAGGAUGUGGACCACCUCCACCUUUCAUGA